AUUUAAAAUCCGAAAUGCAAAGCUAAUUUUGAACAGUUACAUCUGAGAGCUCGGAGCGUUAUGUUGGUCCCGGUUUCGAUGUGGCUGCUACUCUUGGGCGUAGUGCUGGCCUAUCUCAUACACUCGAUUCGCUACCAGGCGCGCAUCAAUCGACUGACCAGCAACUGGCCGGGCCCGCCCUCACUGCCCAUCCUCGGGCACUUGCACAUCUUUGCGAAAAUCAUUGGGCCGCGUCCCUUUAAGCGCGCCGCGGAGCUGAUCAACUGCCAUCUGCAGGAUCACCGGGGCAAGCUCUGGCUGGGCACCAAGCUUUACAUACUCGACUGCAAUCCCAAGGAUAUCCAGGCACUCUGCAGCGCCAAGCAGCUGCUGCAGAAGACCUCGGACUAUCGCGUAUUCGAGAACUGGCUGGGCGCGGGCGUGUUCACCAGCCGUGUGGAUAAAUGGAUGCAUAGCCGGAAGAUGAUUGCGCCGACCUUUAACUACAGCAUGGUUAAGCAGUUUGUGCAUAUAUUCGAGCGGCAGGCGCGCAUCCUCCUAGACAGGCUGGCCACACUGGCCGACACGGAUCAGCCCGUGGAUUUCUUUCAGUUCAUCAGCUGCUGCACGCUAGACACCAUCUGCGAAACGGCGCUGGGCACCACAGUCAACUCGCAGUCGGGUGAGAAGUCGGAGUACCUGGAUGCAGUCAGAGAAAUUUUUCACGUAUUUGACACCAGGCUGAAGAAUCUACUCUAUCGCUAUCCACUCAUCUAUUACUUCACGCCGCUCGCAGCACGCGAAAGGCAGCUCCUGAAGAUCCUUCACGGCUUUACCAAGGGCAUUGUCACCAAGCGUUUGGCUCAGCUCGCCUCGGAUCUGGCCAAUGGCAAUAACGAGGCCACGUCUGACGCCGAGUCCCGUCAGCAGCAAACCCGCAGCCUACUGGAUAACUUGCUGCUGGCCAGGGGCGCCGACGGCCAGCCGCUAAAGGAGAGGGAAAUACGCGAGGAGGUGGACACAAUUAUCUUUGGCGGCUUCGACUUGACCGCGGCCAUGCUCAAGUUCUUCAUGUACAACAUGACGCUGCAUGUGGAGUAUCAGCAGCAGUGCCGCGAGGAGAUCUGGCGGGUUUGCGGGCGAGAUGCAGCCACAGCCAUAACGAUUGAGCAAAUGCGAGAGCUGGUCUACCUGGAAAUGUGCAUCAAGGAGACGCUGCGCAUGUAUCCCUCGGCGCCCAUCACAGCGCGCCGUGCCACAGCCAAUUGCACAAUCAAUAACUUCUUCAUACCCAAGGGCAGCGACGUAAUCAUCUCGCCCAUGUAUAUGGGCCGCUGCAAGGAAUUCUUUCCCGAGCCGCUGGUCUUCAGGCCGCAGCGCUGGGCCCGCGAUGCCCAGCCCAAGAUCGAACCCUCCACCUACAUACCCUUCAUGACGGGUCCGCGCAGCUGCCUGGGCCAGCGCUAUGCCAUGGUCAUGCUGAAGCUGGUGCUGGCUCACCUCCUGAGGAGCUUCUACUUCGAGCCCCUGGGCGAGCGGCAGGAGAAGGCGCGCCUCAUCUUCGUCAUGACGCUGCAUACCAAAGAUCCCUACUAUUGCAAGAUACGAGCUGUUAAGUGAAACGUGAAAGCA